UCGCUUCGGAUUGUACGUAUUUUCGAGCCUUUUUUUCAUCCUUUUGUCUGUCUAUACUGCACUCGCCCCUGUUGCUUUAAGAAGUUGCAAAGUGGAAUUUGGCAUUUGCUACAAACAUGACCCAGUGUUACUCCCUUACUGCUUGGGAGACUCGUGCAGCGACCUUUCACUCUCAAGCGAUGGCAACUUCCGUGCUAAUUGACGGUCUAUGUCUGCAGACAUGUACUUCCAUUGAUUCAACGAAUCUGAGAAAAGAAACAAAGGACUGUAUAUUUCACUAUCCAAGCAAUCAAAAAUUUGCCUUGAGCUUCCGAUCCAUAUCUUAACGCCAUGGCUACUGAAGAUGAUAACUUCGAUAUUGACAUCUAUGGUGAUGGUGGUGGAUAUAACGCCAAUGAACAAGGCGGAGAGGAUGAUAUCAAGCAUGAUGACACCGAGCUUAUCCUAGACGCCCCAGAGCAGCCCCAGAAUGGCGGUCCUGCCCAUGGCGAUGGCGCUGCAGACACCAACGCGCAGCAGGGGCAUGCUGAAGGUACAGCGCCCAAUGGGGAACAUGUAACACAGUCAAACCCGCAGCAGCAAGCGGCAACAGAGACGCCAGCUCCUCCGCAGGGUGUAAAGCGCAAAGAGCAUGACGACCGCCCAUCAGACCCGGAUGCCACACCUGCCCUGCUUAUCUCCGAUUUAUACUGGUGGACCACUGAUGAUGAUAUCCGUGGUUGGGUCCGUGAGGCCGACUGCGAGGAUGAACUUAAGGAUGUAACGUUCAGCGAACACAAGGUGAAUGGCAAGAGCAAAGGGCAAGCUUUUGUUGAAUUUACUACGCUUCAGGCCGCGACUGCCACCAAACAUAAGCUCGAAUCUUAUAGUACAACAGGAUCGUCAGGACGGAAGUACUCUGUUAACUAUACCAACCCCCAACCAAACCCUUUCCGCACACUCCCGAAGGAUGCACCUAUGCGAAAGGACAACCAGGCUCGGUCGAUGUCUGGAGGCUUCAACUCACCUGCGCAGAACAUGAACUUCGGAAUGAACAACAUGGGUGGUGGUGGUGGUGGUGGUGGCGGUGGCGGCUUCCGUGGUGGCCGCGGCGGUUUCAACUCCCGGGGCGGCAUGAAUAAUAACAUGGGAGGUUUCAACAACCGGAACUUCCAGAAUCCAAUGGGCUUCCAAAACCCGAUGGCUGGAGGUUUCGGCGGGAACCCGAUGGGCGGCAUGCAAAACUAUGGCGGCUUCAAUAACCGCGGAGGUAUGAUGGGCGGCAUGCGAGGUGGACCCGGGGGCAUGCGCGGCGGCCGUGGAGGCGGCGGCAUGGGAGGUCCCAACAUGAUGGGUAUGCCGAAUAUGAACCCGAUGGGUGGUAUGGGCAUGAACCCGAUGUCUGGUGGUAUGAACCCGAUGAUGGGCGGCAUGGGAGGAAACAUGGCUAUGCAAGGUAAAGGCGGUUUCCAAGGCCCUAAUCCGGCUUUCAAUCAAAACUUCUUCCCUCCUAACCAAGGGGUUGGAGGUGACGGAUCAUGGAACCCCCAUGGCGCAAAGCGCAGCCGACAAGAGUAGAAUAUUCUCUUGAUCCACUUGCAUAAUUUAUGGUUUGUCCCUGGCGAUAUCUGGACAUUGAGGAAUUGUUAUUUUUCUGUACCACAUGUUUUACCAUCUAAGUUCCCAUCAUUGAUCCGCCUUGGGUUCGUUUUCAUAUUGCUUGUUCUUCUAACGGUUUAACGGGAAAUUGGUCUGUU